AUGGCAGGCGAUGGUUUAGGUGACGCCGGCGUGUACGGGGCAGCGGAUGGUUUAGGUGACGCCGACGUGUACGGGGCAGCGGAUGGUUUAGGUGACGCCGACGUGUACGGGGCAGCGGAUGGUUUAGGUGACGCCGACGUGUACGGGGCAGCGGAUGGUUUAGGUGACGCCGACGUGUACGGGGCAGCGGAUGGUUUAGGUGACGCCGGCGUGUACGGGGCAGGGGAUGGUUUAGGUGACGCCGGCGUGUACGGGGCAGGGGAUGGUUUAGGUGACGCCGGCGUGUACGGGGCAGGGGAUGGUUUAGGUGACGCCGGCGUGUACGGGGCAGGGGAUGGUUUAGGUGACGCCGGCGUGUACGGGGCAGGGGAUGGUUUAGGUGACGCCGGCGCGUACGGGGCAGGCGAUGGUUUAGGUGACGCCGGCGUGUACGGGGCAGGCGAUGGUUUAGGUGACGCCGGCGUGUACGGGGCAGGCGAUGGUUUAGGUGACGCCGGCGUGUACGGGGCAGGCGAUGGUUUAGGUGACGCCGGCGUGUACGGGGCAGGCGAUGGUUUAGGUGACGCCGGCGUGUACGGGGAAGGCGAUGGCUUAGGUGACGCCGGCGUGUACGGGGCAGGCGAUGGCUUAGGUGACGCCGGCGUGUACGGGGCAGGCGAUGGCUUAGGUGACGCCGGCGUGUACGGGGCAGGCGAUGGUUUAGGUGACGCCGGCGUGUACGGGGCAGGCGAUGGUUUAGGUGACGCCGGCGUGUACGGGGCAGGCGAUGGUUUAGGUGACGCCGGCGUGUACGGGGCAGGCGAUGGUUUAGGUGACGCCGGCGUGUACGGGGCAGGCGAUGGCUUAGGUGACGCCGGCGUGUACGGGGCAGGCGAUGGCUUAGGUGACGCCGGCGUGUACGGGGCAGGCGAUGGUUUAGGUGACGCCGGCGUGUACGGGGCAGGCGAUGGUUUAGGUGACGCCGGCGUGUACGGGGCAGGUGGUACAUUGUGUAUUCCUUGCUUGUUUUGUCUCUUCUCAUAUUCUGUGGUGCUCCUGAAAUCCAGCAAAUGA